ACUCGAUGUUUAUCGCAUCGAUGCGUGUGAGCUUUCCCCCACAAACCUGUGUAACAGUGGAACCUGGUGGAACCAUAUCAAAACAGCUUCUCCGCCCACAAGGCUGCAGGCAUGGUCCCAUUGCAGGUCUUCCUGUUGCGGCGCCUGCUCACGCCCAUGGUCAGCCUGUCUACGGGGCCGCGUAGAGUUCAGUCAUGCACUGCGCCGCCAAUCGCCUCGAUCAACUCUGGUGGACGGCCAAUGCCUGACGAUACCGGUUUCGACGGAAGGCAUCUCCUGCAGGCUCGGUUGCAUUCAAUCGGUCACCUCCAAAAAAAGAAGAAGUGACAAGCUCUGGAGCCUACGGCCACGAUGUGACCUGACCCUGGGCACAAGUGAUCUGUCACAUUCUGCACCAGUCCCCCAGUCUGUACCACGUGGCGUAAACCGC